CGUGUUGCCGGGAAUCUCAUUUUGAAAGGAAAGCGCUAAGAGACAAAUGCUGGCAAUGGCAGUCAUUUUGCGUGACACUAGGGCGCGUCAUUGUCACGGCGAUGGAGACGGAGAGUUCAAUGGAGGAGCUCCUAAGCGUGGAUUUCUUCGAUCCCGCCAGGUAUUGGGUGGAAGCGCUACCUGUUGGGAAUGGGCGAUUGGGAGCUAUGGUGUUUGGAGGAUCAUCGUCCGACCUCAUCCAGCUCAAUGAAGAUACACUUUGGUCUGGUGGUCCGAGAGACUGGAACAAUCCCAAUGCCGUGCAAGUUCUUCCCAAAGUUCGUCAGCUGGUUUGGGACGAAAAAUAUGCCGAGGCUUCAGACUUGUCCAAGCAAAUGCUUGGUCCAUACACAGAGGUUUAUCAGCCCCUCGGUGAUAUAAAACUCGAUUUUGGAACGUCUCACGCCACGUAUGACGCUCAAAGCUAUCACAGGCAGCUCGAUUUAAACGCUGCUCUCGUCUCGGUCCGCUAUGCCAUUGGCGGCGUAAACUACACAAGGGAAGUUUUUGCGAGCUAUCCUCACCAGGUUAUCGUGAUCAGGAUAUCUUCAUCCAAAGCCGGUGCUGUCAGCUUCUCUGCAACUUUGGACAGUCCUCUUCAGACCAAUGCAUACGUAAAAGACUCCAACUUCAUCGUCGUGCAAGGCCAGUGUCCGCUUCACGUCGAGGAACCAACAUUAUCCUCUCCUCGGUGUGAAAGCGACCAAAAGACUGGCAUGAGCUUUGCUGCUGUGAUGGAAGUUAGAACGAGCAGUGGUGCUGGCUCGGUGAUCACAAAGCUCGGAAUUCAGCAAGUUAGAGUUGAGAAUGUGGACUGGGCCAUGCUUGUGCUAGCGGCGAGUUCUUCCUUUGACGGUCCUUUCAAAAAUCCAACUGGAAAAGACCCCGUUGCAGCAUCUCUGGCAACACUGAAGUCAGUGGAAGCUUUAUCAUACGAAAAACUUUAUGCUACUCACUUGAAAGAUUACCAGGCUCUCUUCCACCGGGUCUCACUGCGGAUCAACAAGAAAAGUGGAGAAAAUUCAGUUGCAAGCACUACCAGUAUGUCAACACAGGAAAGAAUCCAAGCUUUUGCAAGUAAUGAGGAUCCAGCAAUGGUAUCGUUGCUCUUCCAGUUUGGACGAUAUUUGCUUAUAUCUUCUUCGAGACCUGGAACUUUUGUUGCCAACCUCCAAGGUAUCUGGAACAAGGACUUGAAGCCUGCGUGGAGAUGCGUUCCACAUCUAAACAUCAAUCUGGAGAUGAACUACUGGCCAGCUGAGGUGUGCAAUCUUGCUGAGUGUCACGAGCCACUAUUUGAUUUUGUGUCCUCAAUGGCAAUCAAUGGUAGUCACACAGCUAAGGUGAAUUACAACAUGAGAGGCUGGGUUACACAUCACAAUGCAGAUAUAUGGGUGCAAACAGCACCAAUUGGUGGUGACCCUGUCUAUGCUCUCUUUCCCAUGGGUGGAGCUUGGUUAUGCUUGCAUUUAUGGGAGCACUACCGAUUCUCUCUGGACAUGGAGUUUCUUCGCAGCAAGGCAUAUCCAUUGCUCACUGGCUGUGCACAGUUUCUCUUUGAUUGGCUCACCGGAGAUAACCACGGAAUGCUCGUGACUAAUCCCUCGACGUCUCCAGAGCAUGUGUUUAUAGCGCCAGAUGGAAAACAGGCAUCAGUGAGCUAUGCGAGCGCUAUGGACAUGGCUAUCAUUCGAUCAGUCUUUGAUGCCACUUCUUCGGCUGCAGCUAUACUCCAGGAGCCGAACUCGCAGUUCACAGCCAACCUGAAGCACGCUACAGAGAACUUGUUUCCUCCAGAGAUAAGUUCAAGCGGUCUACUGAUGGAAUGGGCAAAAGACUUUCAAGACCCGGAUGUGAAUCACAGACACAUGUCACACCUGUUUGGAUUGUAUCCCGGCCACUCCAUCUCGAUUGAGAGCACUCCCGAGCUUUGCCAAGCUGCUGUUCGUAGCAUGUACGUAAGAGGCGACGUUGGGCCUGGGUGGUCAAUGGCCUGGAAGAUUGCACUGUGGUCUCGACUGUGGAGCGCACAGGAUGCAUACCGCGUAGUCAAGAGGAUGUUUACACUGAUUGACGCCACUCAGACAACAGAGCGUCUGGACGGUGGUGGGCUGUAUGGAAAUCUUUUUAAUGCUCAUCCACCUUUCCAGAUUGAUGGGAACUUUGGAUUUACUGCAGCUAUAGCUGAGAUGCUACUCCAGAGUGAUGAAACGAACAUUUAUCUCCUUCCGUCGCUACCCGAAGUCUGGAUUUCUGGCGCAGUAACUGGGCUACGAGCGAGAGGUGACACAAGUGUGGACAUCGCGUGGGAGAGGGGGACACUGUCCAGUGCGAGGAUUGUCCCGGGCCCAAAGUGCUCAUCUCACACCCGGAGAAUUCAUUACAGAUGGAAAAGCUUUGAAAUAAGGCUAUCACAUCCCUGCACGGAGUGGAAGCUGGAUGAAAUUUAGCUCUUGCAUGAGUGCUCUUGGGAUCUAGACCUUUGCAUGUGGCUUGCGCGACGUCGUAAUUGAAUGCAUGGCGGAAAAAGGAAAUGUGAUGUGGGAUUUUACAUCAAUGAAACACAACGUGUGCAAAUAUGUUUUAAAAAGGUCA